CCCGAUCCCCAUAACAGCCACUCUUCCCCUUCCUCCGGCUCCUCCAGUCCUCCUCCUCUUCCCCUUUCUCCCCAAAUCACUCAAAAAACCCUAACUAAACCCAGCCUCUCUCCCCGGCGAGAUGAACUUCAAAGGCGCGAGGAUGCCGAGCGCGCCGCCGGCGGGGGCGAGCGCCCUGGUCAAGGUCGCGCUGCUGGGCGGCGCCGCGCUCUACGCCGCCACCAACACCCUCUACAACGUCGAGGGCGGCCACCGCGCCAUCGUCUUCAACCGCCUCGAGGGGAUCAAGGACAAGGUCUACCCUGAGGGGACACACCUCAUCAUCCCCUGGGUCGAGAGGCCCAUCAUCUACGAUGUCCGCGCCCGACCCAACCUCGUCGAGAGCACUUCCGGGAGCCGGGAUCUCCAGAUGGUGAGAAUUGGUCUUCGUGUGCUUACACGACCCAUGCCAGAGAAACUACCAACCAUCUACAGGACCCUGGGGGAGAACUUCAAUGAGAGAGUUUUGCCUUCAAUCAUUCAUGAGACCCUGAAAGCUGUGGUUGCCCAAUACAAUGCCAGUCAGCUAAUCACACAGAGAGAGGCUGUCAGCAGGGAGAUCAGGAAGAUUCUGACUGAGCGGGCCAGAAACUUCAACAUUGCUCUGGAUGAUGUGUCCAUCACAAGCCUCAGUUUCGGUAAAGAGUUCACCCAUGCUAUUGAAGCCAAGCAGGUUGCUGCGCAGGAAGCUGAGCGUGCCAAGUUCAUUGUUGACAAGGCCGAGCAAGACAAGAAAAGUGCAAUUAUCAGGGCACAGGGUGAGGCUAAGAGUGCAGAGCUGAUAGGUCAGGCGAUCGCCAACAACCCAGCUUUCGUGGCCCUGAGGCAGAUUGAAGCUGCGAGGGAGAUCUCUCAUACCAUCUCAGCCUCCAAUAACAAGGUGUUCCUGGACUCCAGUGACCUGCUGCUUGGGCUCCAGCAGCUCAACAUAUUAGGCGGCAAAAACAAGAAAUGAGACCAUUUCCCAUGAUGCAUGCUAGGUUUUUCCUUCAUCAUGUAUCUUUCGUGGAAGAUUACUUUUAGGAGGAAUUACUACUUGGUCGUCGAUGUAGUUUCUGUUAAAUGGUUCUAUGAUCUGGUCUAUGAUUGGGCGCGGAGAAACAAGAAAAGACUGCCUUCGCUGUUGCAAAAAUGUGUGGUUGUCAGCUGCUGCUGCUGCUACUUUUGCUGUGAAAUCCACUGGGAGAGGUUUUAAUAGAAUGCUUUCUUUGGAAUAUAUAUGCGUUGCCGGCA